CGAUCUUGCGGGCGUGUGAAAAUUCACACAAAUCAGAAUCUAAAAAUGUAAAAAAAAUUACGAACAAGUUUGGCAAUAGCAAUUUUCCGUGUUUGUAAUUUUUUCCAAGGGACCUAUAAAGGACCAUCAAAUACAAAUAGUUCGGCAAGUGUCUUUUAAUAAUUUUUUUUUUUGUUUCGAUUUUGCGGUCCCGCGGAAGUUGUCGCGUAAUUCAAAACACAUUUUUUUCAAUUUAAUUAUUUUUUGCUAUAAAAAAUGCAAAAUCUUCAAGAACGAAAUUGCAGCGCCAACUACCGGUAAAAAGGUAAAGCUUUGUAGAGAUACGACGUCAUUGAAUCUAUAUCUAUAUAUUCUAUAUAUGUAUCAGUUCCAAUUAAUCAGUAGUAUAGGUAUAUCCGCGAGUGACUUUUGCGUGUUUUCGCAGCGUUAUGUCUUCUUAAUUAACUACAAGUACGACAAAGCUUUGUUAAAAUGAGCGAAGCUGCUUCGUCGAGUGAGAAAACAGCGGCUGAAAAGCACGCGGAGAGAAUAAAUCGUCUAAAAGGCCUGCAGCAGAAGAGAUUCGAGGCACGGCAACAAAAUCACAAAGAAGUCGUUGAAGAGGACAAACGCAAUAAGUUGCCUGCCAAUUGGGAGUCACGCAAACGUCUGGCGGACUGGAUGUUGGAAGACGAAAAAAAGAAGAAAGAAGCUGAAGAAAAGGGUCUAGAUUAUAAUAGGGUAAAAUUGUUAAACAUAGAUGCAUUAGAGGCAGAACGAUUGUCGAGGAAAAAGAGAAAGCCUGCACCAAACAACGGUUUUGCAGAUUUUGAACAAGCUACAAUAAGACAGUAUAAAAAUCUUGUGAAAAAUGUAAAACCAAACAUGGAGGCUUAUGAAGAAGCCAAGGAAAAACUUGGGCCUGCAUUUUACGGAGACAGAAAUACUAUCUUGCAUGGUUUGCAUAAGGAUAAAAAAGAAGCUAUUGACAAAAUGGUCACAGACUUGGAGAAACAGGUUGCAAAACGCGAAAAGUACAGCAGAAGGAGGAUGCACAAUGACGAUGCUGACAUUGAUUACAUUAACGAAAGAAAUGCUAAAUUCAACCAGAAACUUGAAAGGUUUUAUGGUGAGCACACACGAGAAACAAAGCUCAAUCUGGAGCGUGGUACUGCCAUUUAAAAACGUUGGAGGGCUAUGUAUAAUGCGCGUACUAUUCAUCUUAAAAUAAGGACAUUAAAUAUUUUACAAGUGAUAUUGAAAACAAAACGUUUAAGUAUUAAACGAUUAAUUAAAAAUUAGUAUAUGACAAAAAGAAAAUAAAUUAAAUUUACAAAAUAAUAAUUUAAUUAUUUUAUUUCGUGGAUUAAAAUAUAAAAACUGUCUUUUAAAAACUAAAUACAAAGUCACAUAUCUUUUUUUAUAGUUUUUCAUUUCUAAUCUCAUCACCUAUAUUUUAAUUGAAAAUAAAAAAUUUAAUUACAGUAUACACAUAUAUUCAGGUCAGUCAUUUCAAAGUAUUUAAAAAUCGUUUGAAUUAAAAAAGAAAUCAUGUUAUAUAUACAUAAAUUAGCUUAAUAAAUUCAGUUCAUGUUACACCACCCAAUUAUGGACUGUUCCUGUAAAUAAAACGAAUGAAAGCAUAUUUUAAACGAAAUUUCGUUAUUCUAUUGUCACGUAUGUACUAUUCAAUAAAUAUGUGACUAUUCAAUAAAUCGUCAUUCUGUAUACUCACGUCGUGGUGAAAAAUUAUGGUGACGUGUAACUCGUAUAUGGAUGUCUUGAGUUUCGCCUAUAGAGAGAAACGUAAACGAUAUUGUUUUCAAUAGUAUUAAGUUUGUUUGCAAACUCUCGUGUCAGGCAAACCAUCAAUUCAAUGUAUUAGGAACAGUCAAAACAAUACGAACGUCUUAAAUAUAAAAUUAAUUUUAUUUCUCAUAA